AUGUUAACCGUAUUAGCACCUUUUUAUGAAGCAACAAAAAUGCUAUCAGGAGUUUCAUAUGCUACGCUUAAUAUGGUUUGCUGUACCAUGCAUCAUCUUAAAAAAAUCGUAGCCCCACCAAAUGAUAAAAAUGAAGACUAUUAUGUAGAAUUGUUGUAUGAAGAAUUAGAUAUAACUGCAAGUCAAAGUUCGUCAAUUAAUAUGCAUUCAGAUGAUGAAAUUUUUGAUUUGGCAGCUCGUGCUAAUCAAGCUCUUAAUAUAUCACAUGGUCGUGUUCAAAAACAUAAAAAUAUACCCGUUAAUAGUCAGCAAAAUUCUGAUCCACGGUUUAAGAAACGUCGAGCUAUUGAACCACCAGUCACUAUUAUGAACAUGUUAGAACAGGUUAAAGCUACAAUUUAUCUAAGCAUGUGCCAGUAUUGGGAUGUUCCAAAGGAAAUUACUUUACUUUCGGCAUUGUUAGACCCUCGAUACAAGAAGCUUAAGUUUGUUACAGAAAUUCAACGUAAUAUGAUAGUUGAUAAGCUAAAUGAGCUAUAUCGAAUUGAACAGGCUAUUAUUAUAGAAGAGUCGAAUGAUAGCUUAUAUAACAAUUUACCUAAGUUAUCAUUUACAAAUAAACUAUCAGAUGUUAAUCAAGUUAACUAUUCUUUACUCGGACUAUCUGAUGAUUCAGAUGAAGAAGAAAGUAAUAUGUCAAAUGAAGUUAUUCGUUACUUAGCUUUACCAAAAGAAGCUCAGGAAU